ACGUCUUCUCUCAAGCAAGCACACAUUCUUUGCUAUGCUUACCUCCUUCUCUCUGAAUUGUUAGUUUCUUUGGUUUUACUUUGCUCUCUCUGCACAAGUUUUACCGUUUUACACAAUGUCUCGCCGUGGUGGUGGUCGCCGGCAGGAUUUUCGCCGACACCAGCAAUCAUCCUCUCAAUUUCCGUCGUUCCAGCGUGGUGGUGGCGGUAGAGGUGGAAGAGAUGGCGGUGGACGAGCUAGCCGCGGUUUCAAUCCGGCAGCAACUGUCACUCAAUCUGCUCCUACAAUAUCUCGUUCUUCCUCGUCGGCCUUCCCUCCUCCUACCACGUCUGUUGCUCAGCGUACGACUGCUCCUCAAUCUGUGGCUUCUUCGUCAAGAGCAUCGUCGUCUCAGGCGACAGUAAUGAGUUCGGCGGCAGUGGAGGAGCUGAGACGAGAGGUGGAGCAGAAGCUUACAACUGGAGAUAAGGUGACCAAGGCUGAGACGCUGCCGGCGUCGUCAAAGGCCGUUCGUUUCACUCCUAGGCCUGGCUUUGGUACUGCCGGCGAGAAGUGUGUGGUUAAGGCCAACCAUUUUUUGGUCGAAAUAGCUGAUAGAGAUCUCUGUCAUUAUGACGUAACUGUGACUCCCGAAGUAACCUCAAAGAAAUUAAACAGGGUUAUAAUAUCUCAGCUUGUUAGAAUGUAUCGUGAGUCACAUUUGGGCAACCGACUGCCAGCUUAUGAUGGCAGGAAAAGCCUCUAUACGGCAGGACCAUUGCCUUUUGAAUCUAAGGAAUUUGUCGUUAAGCUGGUUGAGGAGAAUAAUGGUGCCGUGUCUUCUGCUUCGACAAGGAGGGAACGGCAAUUUAAAGUGGCUAUCAAAUUUGCUUCUAAGGCAAACAUUCAUCACCUGCGACAAUUUUUAAGUGGUAGACAAUUGGAUGCCCCACAAGAAACCAUACAAGUUCUUGAUAUUGUUCUUAGGGAAUCACCAUCUGAAAAGUAUACAACUGUCGGGAGGUCAUUCUUCUCAACUAAUUUGGGGCCAAGGGGUGAGCUUGGUGAUGGUAUAGAAUAUUGGAGAGGAUACUAUCAAAGCCUUCGCCCAGCCCAGAUGGGACUGUCUUUUAAUAUUGAUGUGUCAGCCAGAUCCUUCUUUGAGCCAAUUAUGGUGACUGACUUUCUAGCUAAAUACUUUAGGUUGAGAGACAUGUCAAGUCCUCUGUUGGAACAAGAUCGUAUUAAGGUGAAAAGGGCCUUAAGAGGAGUAAAAGUAGAGCUAAGUCAUUGGGAUUAUGCUAAAAGCUGCAAGAUCAUUGAUUUAUCCAAUCAGCCCCUGAAUCAAAUAUUCUUCACUUUUGGAGAUAAGAGUGUGUCAGUGGUUCAGUAUUUCCGUGAUCGAUACAAUAUUGGUCUUAAAUAUACAACAUUGCCUGCUAUUCAAGCUGGGAGUGAUUCAAAGCCAAUUUUCUUGCCUAUGGAGGUUUGUAGAAUUGUUGAAGGACAGAGAUACUCAAUGAAAUUGAAUGAUAGGCAAGUAACUGAAUUGUUAAAAGCAACAUGUCAACGCCCUUGUGCUCGGGAAGAUAGCAUUAAGCAGAUUGUUAUGCGGAAUGAUUACAGCAGUGAUAAGCUUGUGAGGAAUGAAUUUGGAAUUCAAGUUAAGGAAGAGCUUACUUUCAUUGAUGCUCGAGUUUUACCUCCUCCGAUGCUUAAAUAUCAUGACACUGGCGGUGAACCAAGGAUUGAACCCCUCUUAGGACAAUGGAAUAUGAAGAACAAGAAAAUGGUGAAUGGUGGAAGAGUGGAAUUCUGGACCUGUGUUAACUUCUCUUUGAAGGUCAACCAAAAUUUGCCUGUUGAAUUUUGUAGGCAAUUAAUUGAGAUGUGUGUUAGCAAAGGAAUGGGAUUCAACCCCAACCCCGUUCUUCCAAUACACUCGGCUCAUCCCAACCAAAUAGAAAGGGCUCUUGCUGAUGUCCACGAGCAGUGUACUGCAAAACUUUCUAAUGAGAAGAAUCAGCUUCAGUUGUUGAUAAUCAUUCUACCUGAUGUCAUGGGUUCAUAUGGGAAAAUUAAAAGGAUAUGCGAAACAGAAUUGGGUAUUGUAUCUCAGUGCUGUCAACCAAGUCAGGCUGCAAAGCUACGUAGACCGUAUUUUGAAAAUGUUUCCCUCAAAAUCAAUGUUAAGGUUGGUGGUCGAAAUACUGUGUUAAAUGAUGCUAUUCAAAGGAGUAUUCCUCUAGUGACUGAUAUUCCUACCAUUAUUUUUGGUGCUGAUGUAACUCAUCCGCCUCCUGGGGAGGAUACUAAUCCGUCAAUAGCAGCAGUAGUGGCUUCAAUGGACUGGCCAGAGGUAACAAAGUAUAGAGGAAAUGUCUCUGCACAGGCUCAUCGUGAAGAAAUUAUCCAGGAUCUCUAUAAAUCAUAUCACGAUCCGGUUAGAGGAUUAAUUCAUUCCGGAAUGAUCAGGGAAUUAUGUAUAGCAUUUAGGAGAGCAACUGGGCAUAAACCCAACAGGAUGAUAUUCUACAGAGAUGGUGUUAGUGAGGGCCAAUUUAGCCAGGUUUUGCUACAUGAGAUGGAUGCCAUACGAAAGGCUUGUUGCUCACUUGAGGAGGGAUACCUUCCACGUGUUACCUUCAUUGUGGUGCAGAAAAGGCAUCAUACACGGCUUUUUCCUGUUCAGGGUGGUGAGACAGAUCACAGUGGCAAUAUUCGACCAGGCACAGUUAUUGAUACCAAGAUUUGCCACCAGAAUGAAUUUGAUUUCUACCUCAACAGCCAUGCUGGAAUUCAGGGAACAAGCAGGCCUGCACACUAUCAUGUGUUGUAUGAUGAGAAUUGUUUCACAGCUGAUAAGUUGCAAGUUCUGACUAAUAACAUGUGUUACACGUAUGCAAGGUGUACUCGCUCUGUUUCCGUAGUUCCUCCUGCCUAUUAUGCCCACUUAGCUGCUUUUCGGGCUCGAUAUUACAUUGAGGGGGAAACAUUGGAUGGUGGACCUUCAGGUGGUAGGAGUACAACUGGGAGGAGCAGGGAAGUUCAGCCGCUGCCUGUGAUCAAAGACAAUGUUAAAGAUGUUAUGUUUUAUUGCUGAGGACGCUAGUCCAGCCACUGCCUGUGAUCAAAGAUAAUGUUAGGGAAAUGAAACAAUGUAGUUGCUUGGACUCGAUACUCAAUUUCCUUGCAAAUAUUAUCUUGCUUAAUGCUCA